UUCGAAUCCCGCUCCCGCCGCCCUCAGAGCCGGCCGCAGGGCGGGGACUCCCGCCGGCACUCCCCGAGCCGCCACCGCGGAAGGAGCGCUCGGCCGAGCUGCGGCCCUCCCGGCGGCUGGGCCCAGGCAGCGGCUCAGGCGACCCGGCUUCCUGCCGCCUCCGGAGGCUGGGACCGGCCUGCGGGGGUGUCCCGGGCGGGGCAGUCCAGUCCCACCCUGAGGCGUCUGGGGCUUUCCCGGCAGGCGGGCGGCGAGGAGCGGAGCGGGCCCUCGAGUACACGCCCUCCGGCGGCUCCAGGGCUUCGGUGAGGCGGCCUGGCGGCCCAUUGUGCACCUUAACCCUCUUUUCCACACCAGUUUCUUUGUUUCUCUUAAAUGCCUCGGGGGUUUUGAAAGAUCGAUGGAGUUGAACCCGUGGUGUAUAUAAUCCAGUUUUUCAACUUCGUGGCUUUAUAACUCAAGUUUUCACAAGCAGCUGUUUCCCCUCACAUCCACCGUGUCAGGUAAUUUUGAAUCCUGCCUGCGUGCAUCCGGUUUCAACUUUGCAUUGCUGCUUGGCUCCUCCAGGAGGAGUGCUAAGUGGUUUUCUUUGGUUUUGUGCUGCAAGUACAAAGCCUAAAGUGCAGAAUUGUCCUGCAGCAGGUAUGAUGUGUACAUAUAUUCUCACUAACUAAUAUAAUAUUAAAUUUGUUUUAAGAUAUGUUUAUUUCCUGCCUGAAAUACGUGUCUUGGGAUUUUUGUUUUGGUUAUCUCUAGUAAUGGCUUCGGGAACAGCACUGAUUUAUGAUGAGGAGAUGACCACUCACAAGCUACUUUGGAGUGAUCCUGUUUGUGAUAUUGAAGUGCCAGAAAGGCUGUCCUCCUCCUAUGAGCAGCUUAAGUGUUACCAUUUGUUGGAAAGAUGUGUCCAUGUGCCUGCCAGAGAAGGAAGCGAGAAGGAGAUCCUGUUGGUUCACAGUUCAGAAUACUUAGAAGUGGCAAAAAGCACCCAAACAAUGAAUGAAGAGGAACUGAAAAAAGUCUCUGGAAAUUAUGAUGCUUUCUUCUUUCAUCCGAACACUUACCGCUGUGCCAGACUAGCGGUAGGAGCAACUUUGCAGCUGGUGGAUGCUGUGAUGUCAGGAAAAGUGUGCAAUGGAAUGGCAUUAGUGAGACCUCCAGGUCACCACAGCCAGAGAAGUGCAGCUAAUGGGUUCUGUCUGUUCAACAAUGUUGCUAUUGCAGCAGAAUAUGCAAAACUGAAAUACGGUCUACAGAGAAUCCUAAUUGUUGACUGGGAUGUGCAUCAUGGGCAAGGAAUUCAGUAUAUAUUUGAAGAGGAUCCAAGUGUUUUGUAUUUUUCCUGGCAUCGUUAUGAACAUCAGGAAUUCUGGCCAUCACUCAAAGAAUCUGAUUAUGAUGCUGUGGGUCAGGGAAAAGGAAAAGGUUUUAACAUAAAUUUGCCUUGGAAUAAGGUUGGGAUGGGAAAUUCAGAUUAUCUUGCUGCCUUCUUCCAUGUGUUGCUUCCAGUGGCUUUUGAGUUUGAUCCUGAACUGGUCAUUGUCUCUUCUGGAUAUGAUUCUGGAAUUGGUGACCCUGAAGGUCAGAUGAAUGCCACUCCCGAAGUUUUUGCCCACCUUACCCAUUUCCUGAUGCAGUUGGCUAAUGGCAAGCUGUGUGUCAUCCUAGAGGGUGGAUACCAUUUAAAGUCAUUGUCUGAAUCUGUCUGCAUGACUGUAAGAACUUUGCUUGGAGAUCCUAUACCUCAAAUAACUGGAGAAAUGGCACCUUGCCUAAGUGCUGUUGAAUCUAUUCAAAAUGUGAGAGCAGCCCAUAAACCCUACUGGAAAUGUUUGAUGUAUGAAGACACAUCAUUUUUACAAAACCUGAGCACCAAAUCACACCUACUAAUGAAAGCUGAUCCAAAUCCUUCCACAGAUAAUGAAUCUAAGAUAACUAACAACAACAAAACUGUUGAAGUAGAAAGGUUUUUGGAACUGCACAUGAAAAACGUUCUAUUUCCAGUGCCUCCCAUCAAAACAGCAACAACAAUUGACUCUAAAGGAUCAGCACAUUUUCUCCCUGGACCUGUUCAUUUGGUGAAGGAAAUGGACAAAAGUGAAAUCAAAGCUCUUGUCAGUGGCUUUUACACAGACAUUGUGAAAGACGACAAAACUCUGCUUUCUCUUGGCAGUGUGUUGGCUGUCCUAGAUAAAAUACUUAAGAAGGAGGUAUGCAAUGGAAUUGCAGUAUCCCCCACUGCUGUGUCUGUUGCUGUUGCACUGAGACAUUCUGUUCAGUUUGGAUUUCAAAGAGUGCUUUGUAUAUUUGUUGGAGACAUGCAAAUCAUACCAAAUGCAGAAGACGGAAAAAUACUCCUGGUACAUAUCUGUGAGAAAGAACAGUUUGGAAAGACCAGCUCCAAACACUAUAUUUCUCUAAGCUGGACAGAGGAUGCCAAAGGAAAUGACUUCUUUUCUGCUGUACUUGGAGUAAUUCUUCCUGUAGCAUACAGUUAUCAACCAAACUUGACAGUAAUAGCUGUUGGACCAAACAGGAGCCUUGGAAUGGGUGGGAUUUCUCUGCUUUUUGCUUUGCUACAAGGAUUAGCCGAGUCUCGCAUUUUUGCAGUGAUCGAGGAUACGGAGAUAAGCUUAGUGCAAAGUGUAGCCAAAGCAUUAGUGGGUACUUCUACACCUCACUUUGGAGUUUUUGUACCUCCUACCCAGGAAAAAAUAAAUAAAAUAAAAAUGUUAAGAGACCAGUUUCAGCAGGAAUGGAAAAUGCUUCAGUGCUCAGUGAAGGAUGGGAUUUCAAGAAAUUGAAUUCAGAAUCAUUUUACACAGCAGAAGAAAAUGUGUUGCUGUUCAUGUUGCCUUUUAAAUCACCAGGAAAAGAGCUGGUCAAUCUCUAAACAGAGUGAGACUCAUUCACAGUUGUCUUCUGUUUUUAAAACAGUUUAAAUGAGUAUUUUCAGCUGGAGAACUCUGCAAAUCCUAUAUUGGCAGUAGUUAUUUGGGACUGACACCUGAAACAAUUCCUGUACUUCAUGACUACAAACUGGGGCCUGUGUCGUUUGUGACAUUGUAAACCAGGCUUGCAUAUGCAGUAGCUUGACUCAAGUUCGAGAAUUCCAGAAGACAGGCAUCUGAAAUGAGCAAUCAUAACAGCCAAAACAUUUUACUAUACUAUUCAAUAUUAUGCAAGAGUGCUUGCACUGCUGCCACCACCACUGCUUCAUUGGGAGUUUAAGCUUAACAACCAUUAUCAUCACAAGUGUGAUAUAGGACACGCACACACUGUAGGUGUUCAGCUGCUUUUCUUUCUUUUUACAACUGACAACUACCCAUUAGAAAAAUUAAUAGACAAUGUUAGGUGAAUCCUUUAUAUCAGAUUAUGAAAUAAGAUUUCACUUGUGAUGAUAAUGGGCAUGGGCAUGAGCAAAAAAAGAAAAAUUGCAUUUAUAACCUGACAUAAUUGAAUAGAGCAGUGUAGAGGGGACUUCACUCACCCCUCUUUCCAAACAUAACUUGUUUCUGUAACAAAUAAAAACCCCAAACCCCCAGAGGUUUGGUAGUGGCCUAAGGCUGACAUCAUGUCAAUUCUCAAAUAGCAUCCUGUGGCAAUAACCACAGCCUGCUCGUUUUGCAGCAUUCCAGAUUGUAACUUAGGGCUCAUGUUUAAGAGCACUUCUCUGUGUGACUGGGACUUCCAUAAUGCGACCUUUUAAUUUCAAACACUAAAAAUGAUGUUUAUACUGGUGUUGCUGCUGGGAUCAACGUGCCAUUAUUUUAGUAACUAAAUCUGCCUUUGCAGUUUUCUGUUCUCGGUGAUACCCUUCUCAUUGGCACUGCUUUUCAGUUACUGCAGGAUGGGAAAUUAUACCAAAUCCAUACCCAAUCCUUGAACAUUUUGAACUGAAAAUCUAUUUCAAGAGAAACUAAAAACCAUGUCAAGCAUUUUCACAAAUGAAAGUUGAAGACAAUGAAGAUAUUCUGCUUUAAACUCAACUUCAAAUUCCAAAAAGUAAUUACUUUAAAUUGGAAACUGUGCAAUGGCAAACAUUAGCUUCAAAACUUUUCAGAACAAAUUUUUCUUGCUAAUUAUUCUCUCUCCUCUGGAAAAAAGAAAUAACUAAAUAGAUAAACAAAAUUGACAGUUCAGCAUUUUCAAGGGUAAACCACAAACCCAAACAUUUUCUCAGAAAUAGCUCUUCUACUUGCCUUCAUUCAGCUGAAUUUUCACAUGGUUUGAAUUGUGAAAUGUCAUAUUUUGCUAUGUAUUUUUCUAAGAU